AAGUGGUUAGACCAUGUGUUUGUCUAGAUAAUAUCUUUGCUAGGACCUAAUAUCUUUGGCGUUAUUCAACUGUUUUCGUUUAAAUGGGCUUUAGUUCAAUUGUGAAUUAGUUCAAACGAAUAUCUAUCUCUUCAUUUGACGUGCGAUUGAUGGGAUCUCGAUUUUGAGAAAUUAAUAAAAAAAAAUACCAAAACAAUGUCGCUCUGUCGAUUUCAACAAGUGAUUAAAUUUGGAAAACCUUUUUUAAGGCCAGUCAUUUUCAACAGACUAAAAAGUCUAUCUUCUGAAGCACAACGUCAACGCCUUUCAGCGCUGGUGUACAAUCAUGCCCGAUCUAUUUCAUCUCAAGCUGCAGCAGAAAAUUCUACUGAAACAGAUUACCACAGCAUAAUAAAUGACACAGAAAAAGCCACAGGUGAAAGCUCCAAAUUUGAAUUUCAAUCGGAGACUCGAAUGUUACUGGACAUUGUCGCAAAGUCUCUUUACUCUGAUAAAGAGGUUUUUGUCCGAGAAUUGGUGUCAAAUGCCAGCGAUGCCCUUGAAAAGCUUCGCUAUUUAAGAUCGAGUGAGAAUUUGUCAGUUGACGAAGGCGGAGAUAGAAAUUUGGAAAUUCAUAUUGGCACUGAUAAACAAAAUAGAGUUCUUACAAUUCAGGAUACCGGAAUUGGAAUGACUCGCGAGGAGUUGAUUUCCAAUUUGGGAACGAUUGCUCGUUCUGGUUCAAAGGCUUUCUUAGAAAAAUUGAAAGAAAAACAAGGUUUCGAUGCCUCGAACAUCAUUGGUCAGUUCGGAGUGGGUUUUUACAGCGCUUUUAUGGUCGCUGAUAAAGUCGAAGUUUUCACAAAAUCCUACGCAAAGGAUUCCGAAGGUCUUCACUGGUCUACCGAUGGGUCCGGAACAUUUGAGAUUUCGCAAGCACAGGGAGUUCAACCUGGAACGAAAAUAGUUUUAUACCUGCGACAAGAUUGUCGAGAAUUCAGCGACGAUGACAUGAUAAAUCGUAUUAUUAAAAAGUAUAGCAACUUUGUAGGCAGUCCGAUUUUUGUCAAUGGAAAGAAGGUUAACGUUAUUCAGCCUUUGUGGACAAUGGAACCAAAAGACGUAACUCAAGAUCAGCACGCAGAAUUUUAUCGAUUUAUUGGAAAUUGUUAUGAUUCUCCUCGAUUUACGUUGCAUUAUUCCACUGAUGCUCCGAUAAAUAUCAGGGCAUUACUUUACUUUCCAGAUGAGAAACCAGGACUUUUUGAAUCAAGUACAAACAGUUCGGUCGGUGUGUCUUUGUACAGUCGAAAAAUUUUGAUCUUGAGCAAAGCCGAUGCCAUUUUGCCAAAGUGGCUCCGAUUUGUUAAGGGAGUCGUGGAUUCAGAAGACAUUCCUCUUAAUUUAAGUCGCGAACUUCUGCAAAAUAGUGCCCUCAUUACGAAACUUCGAAGCGUUCUUACAUCCCGAAUUCUGAAGUUUUUGUUCGAUCGAUCAGUAAAACAAACAGAAGAAUUUAAUCAAUUUUACAAGAACUACGGAUUCUUUUUAAAAGAGGGCAUCGUAAUGAGCAACGACACGACAGAAAAGGAAGACAUUGGAAAACUUUUGCGCUUUGAGUCUUCUACUAAAGAAGCAGGAGAAUUAGUUAGUCUUCCAGAAUAUUGUAAGAGACUAGCGCCUGAUCAAAAAGACAUCUUUUAUUUAGCUGCACCUAGCCGAACAUUAGCAGAACAAUCACCGUAUUACGAGUCCUUUAAAAAACGAAACCUUGAAGUACUUUUCUGCACUGAACCUUACGAUGAAUUGGUUUUGAUGCACUUAGCACGAAUUAACAAUCAUAAUCUCACUUCCGUGGAAAAGGAAAUGCGACAGAACACAGAAGCUGAAAAAGCAGACCAAUUUGAGUCGUUCAACAAAGGAGAAGUUGAUAAUUUAAUAAACUACAUGAAGAAAGUCUUGGACAAAAAGGCUUUUGAAAUAAAAACUACAAAUCGACUGGAGUCUCAUCCUUGCGUGGUGACAGUUCAAGACAUGGCAUCCGCGAGGCAUUUUAUACGCACACAAAGUCACCAAUUGGAUGAAAACGCCCAUUAUAACCUUCUUCAACCUCGAUUCGAGAUUAAUCCCAAUCACCCUAUAAUUCAGAAACUCGUUAAAAUUAGCAGUUCGGAUCCAGAGUUGGCUGAACUUCUCACAAAACAGUUGUUUAUGAACUCAAUGGUUGGUGCUGGACUUGUAGAAGAUCCUCGAACAUUGUUGACCUCAAUGAAUGAACUGUUAGCAAAGGCUCUAGAAAAAUAUUAAUCGGAGGCAAAGAAAGAAAUGGAAUUUUGUACAUAUUGUUUAAAUAAAUAAGAUUUUAAAAAAAGUUA